UAAGAACUCAUUUUGCAUUGGAUCCAACAACAACAAUCCAUCGUCGGCAAGAAUUGAUCGACACGGAUUUGAAUCUUGAAGGCUAUGCACGUCUCGGAUUCAUCUACAUUGAGAAGAAACAAUUUCAAUCAACCUAUCGUUCAUUAAUUCAUAGUCAACGAACAUUGGAAAAAUUACAAAUAUUAGCAGCAGCAACCGUUAGUAAAGCAACUGUGUUAAUUGAAGGAGGUGAUUGUUCAGGUAAAACAGCUAUUGUUUGCGAAUUAGCUCGAGUAUGUGGACGACGAUUAAUUGUAUUGAAUUUGAAUCAUGAAACGACUACAUCGGAUUUAUUGGGUUCGUGGACAGUGAUCAAUAAACAUUCGUAUGAAAAGCGUCGUAAACAAAAUAGUCAACAGUUUUUCAAUUAUUUUGUUCGUUUUGCAUUGGCAGUACUCUUACCAGUAUCACAGCACUUCUAUGAAGCACAACAAUUAAUUCGAAAAAUUGCACAUCUGAUUCAGCAAUGGGAACAUGGUAAGGAAAAACAAUUAAUUAUUGAUUUCUUUCCAAUCUAA